AUGAAUAUAUACUAAUAAAAUCAAAUCAUAAAAUCUCCAACUAAAGAAAAUUAGAAUAGAUAAUUUGUUAUUUUAAAGGAACUUGCAAUAGAUGCUAAUGGAAUUAUUUAUGAGGCAAAAGCAGAAUAAUCUUGUUAUCUAACUAAUGUUGCCAUUAAAGUAUAUAAUAACAUUAAGGAGCAUGAAGAAAAAAUGAUUGAUUGGCUAAUUUAAUAAUAAUAGAAUAAUAAUACUUAAAUAAUAAAAAUUUAUGAGAAAUUUGAAUACAAUUAAAGAAAAUAUAUAAUAAUGGAAUUAGGUGGUUGUAACUUAAAUGAUUAUUUAAUAUAAAAUAAAACUUUAAGUUAUUUUGAUAAGUUUAAGAUUUUUAUUUAAGUAUUUUUAUCAUUUUAUAAUUAAUAGACUUUAAAAGCCAUUAAAUUUUUGCAUGAAAAUGAGUAUGUGUGUGGAGAAUUUAAUACAAAAAAUUAUGUAUAUUUUCAAAAUACUUUUAAAUUAACCGGAUUUGGAUAGAAGAAAAAACUAUAAAAUAAGUUUCCACAAUUCAAUUUAAUAUAAUCUUCAAAAGAUGAUGAUAUUAGAUCUUUGAUUAAUUUGUUUUGUGAAAUUUAUUUAGGAGAAUAAUUUUUUAAAGGUUAUUAUAUUAUUUAUUUAAGUAUAAAAUUAAAAAGAAAUAAAUAAUAAAAAGAAUGAUUAUUUAUCUAAGCUAACCAGUAUUCAAAAUCAAGAAAUAACAAAUUUAAUUAAAUAAUUAUUAUUAAAUCCAGAUCAAUUAAAUAUCAAUUAAGUAAUUGACAAAGAUUAUAGCCUAAAAUAAAUCUUUCAAGAGUCAAUUUUUAAAGAAGUUUAAUAAUAAUAAUUAUCAUAAUUUCAAGGUUAAUAAAUUAAAGAAAUAAACAAUUAAAAAUAAUUGUUUUAGAGUUAAAUAAAUUUAAAAAAUUUAAAGAAUACAGUAUUAUAGGUUCCAACAGAAGAGUUUCCUUAACGUCAAUUUAUUUUUACUGAAAAGUUGGGAGAUGGGGGAGAAGGUGUUGUUUAUCUAGGUAAAACAAAAAAUGAAACAGUUUAUAAUACGAAUAUUGCUAUUAAAAUUUAAUUAAAAAUUAAAGAAAAUGAACUCAAAUUUUUGGAUGAAUUAAUUGAUUAUUAAAAUAAUAAAGAAAAAUAAACUUUUAUUAAAAGUAAUUUAGUUAGAAUUUAUGAAAUAUAUAAAUGGUAAGAUAAACAUUUAAUAGUUAUGGAACUUGGAGGAAAAAAUUUAUAUGAUUAUUUAAAAGAGUAAAGUUAAUAAACAUUCAAUUAAAAGUUAUAAAUAUGUUAAUAAGUAAGUGUCAUAUUGAAAUAUAUUAGAUUACUUAAGCAAUUUCUUUUCUUCAUAAAAAAAAAUUGAUACAUAGAGAUAUUAAACCAGAAAACUUUAUUUAAUGUGGUUCCGUAUUCAAAUUAAUUGAUUUUGGUUUAAUCAAAUUAAAAGACUAAGAUAUAAGACUUACAAAAAUGGUGGGAACUCCACUUUAUCAGGCUGUUGAGAUAAUUAAUGGAUCUGAAUAUUAUUCAUUUCCUGUUGAUGUUUGGUCUUUAGGAUGUCUAUUUUAUGAGAUAUUCAAAUAUGCACCUUUAUUUGAUUGUAUUAUAUUUAUUUCAUUUCAAGUUAAUACUAUAGAUUAAGUUAAAUAAGCAAUUUUCAAAUAUUGCUAAAAUUAGUAGGAAAUCCAUAAUUAAAUUGAUUAAUUAGAAAUCAAAUAGGAAUUAAAAUAUCUAAUUAAAUAAAUGAUUGAUCCAAUACCAUAAAAGAGACCAACUAUUGAUGAAGUUUUAAGAUAAUUAUCAUCAAUUAAUACUUAUAAAUUUAUUUCAAAAAUUGUACCAGAUAAUUCAAAUGAUUUAAAGGUAUUACCAAACUAAACUAAUGAAUAAUUAAAAAAAUAAAAACUAGAUGAUAUUCCUAAUAGACUAAUGGAUGUAAUAAAAGAUUAUUGUUAAUUGUAAAUGGAAAUUUAAUACUCUUCUAAAGAAGACUAAUUUUCAUAAGAAUAUUAAUAGUUAAUUUAAAAUAUGAAGGAUCUAACUAUUAAAUAGUGGGAUGAGCAUAUAGAAAAUUAUUAUAAACAAAAAUAAAUGGAGAAUAAAUUUAAAGAUAUAUAAGCUUAAGAUAUAAAAUAAGGCUAAACAUAAAAAUCUCCUAAUCUUAUUAAUUAUAAUAAUUAAAUGUAAACUAGAUGCUUAAUGGUACCUCCUUCAAAUUAUCAUAAGAAUUCAAUGGAAAUAGAACCUCCUACUUUUGAUUCCUCCGUAAUUAUAACAUAAAAAACUGAUAAAAAAUAAGAAUUAAACGGAUUAUAAGAGUAAAAUAAUAAUUAUUGUUUGGUAUAAUAACUAAAUUCUUAGAAUAACAAUGGAUCAUAGAAAUAGGGUUGA